AUGAUACCUUCUCUGUUCGGGACCAAGAAGGUGAACAAGUCACCAGUCUUCACUGAGGACGAUAUUCGAAAACUGAUUCUGUCAUUUCCUCCUCCGGAACCACGACCUGGAAAAGAAUGUCUGAUUCGCAGUCUCUCAGGCCGCAAUCUCGUACGCUCGGAUGCAGUUACCAAGCGGUUCCAUUCUCUUCUUCAAACUUCUUCUGGUCCUAUUUUCUUGAACAGCUUGCACAGUGAACUGGGAGUCCAUGAUGUUCAAUGGCUCUUGACCCAGGAAGACGAGCGCAUCCAUUACAGUACAGACCGUCGACGACUCCUACCUGAGAGUAUUCAGAAGGCCAUAUGCCAGAGCGUGCAAAACGAUCUAGCUGUUCGUGGUGUAGAUCUGGACAAGAUUGCUAUCGAAAAGGAUAUUACUACUGCCACACUUCGACGCAUGCUUGCUGCUCAAGAUGUUACCCUCCAGGACCUCGAUAACGGAAAGACCUAUGACAUAAAGUUUCUCCAAAAGCUCGAAAGCAAUGUUGCCAAGAUCAUCCAAGGCAAUCAAGGAUCCAUCGUGCUGAGCGAUACUUUCCCUUCAGUUCCCAUAUCUUGGCUGGAGGCGACUGCCAAAGACCUGAUAUUCAAGAACGAGGACAGUGCUCAGGACGUUGUCGAAAUGAGAUCUGGGUUCUUGGUUUAUACGCCAAGAUCCAUACUCGCACAGCGUGAAAGCGAAUCAAAGCAAGCCAGGGAAGCGUAUAUUCAAAGAGCAGCAGGAGAGCUGGAAGACAAUGGGUCUUGUGAUGUGACUGCCACCUCUAGACCACAAGUUCUGCGCAACGCUGAAGACGCCGAUCUCAAACAAGCAAUUCGCGAAGCUUUUGCUGAGAAAAGCAGCAGCUCGAAUAUUGUUGAAGUGAGCACGGAAAGCUCCUCUUUCCUUAUAACACAAGAUACUCUUUCCGCAAGACUAUCUGUCAUCGCUGCCAAAGCCGCAGAUGCAGCUACAGAACAAUGGUCCUCCAGACGUGCAGGAGAAGACAUCACCUUUGAUCCCACCAACCAAUCUCUCACCACAUCACCACUAGACCUCGCAAUCCUCUCAUCCGGCGACCCAGAAAGCAAAACCCAAGCAAGUUUCGACACCAAGAUUCUCGCACUCCAAAAAUCAACACUGGAAACCUUUACAACAACCAUCCAAAACGAAUUGCUCGCACCGCUAAAGCUGUACUCCCAAGGCGCAGACACAAUCACAGACUCCACACUGCAACCCCGCGUGCAAGACUUCACCUACGAGUAUAUUCGCAAAGAACUAGCGCCAGAAACCCUGCGCACCAUAAAAGACAACAACCUAAUACCCACAAAAUCUGCUCUCAGAGAUCUAGACAAAUUCUCCGAUGCAGUGGUAGCAGCAAGGACCUUAGACGACAUACUAACUUCCACCUCCAAACUGGCUCGCAAGCAAAAAAUCGAGCAUCCAUCUGUUUCUGCUUUGCUCACCCGCAAGCAACAAAUUCUAGCUCAGAAAGUGGUGGCAAUGAGGAAAAUAAAACGCGCUUCUGAUCUCUUGCAGAAUGUGAUUUGGAUCUUGUUGGCGAGGCAGAGAGAGGGUUUGUACUUGAGUUCGGGAAAGGAUACGAGUAGGAUGAUCAAAAUGGUCAAGGAAAGCAACAAAGAAGCUGCUGCCAAGUUGGAGGAGUGGAGGGAUUUGGUCAAGCAGGGCAAGGAUAACGAUGACACAAAGACGGAGAUGCGAGAUGUGGCUGCCAACGCGGUCGAGGAGUUGAAGACUGUUACUCCUCAGACCGAAGAUUUGGCGGUCGAGCAAAGCACCUGA